GUCCGGUCACUGGCCUGUGAACUCGGUGCACGCGCGGGUUGGUCAGCCAGCCUACUAGAACUCUCCGAUGUCUGCGCCUGCCCACCGGCAAGAACUAACCCAUUACCGGUGGACACUGCAACGCUCCUGGUAUGAUGCAAAGCAACGUUAACUAGCUCGUCUUUUUGGCCAGAACGGUUCUAGUUCUAGAAGCGGGCAUCACAUACUGUCGGUGAUCGUGAUAUGUGAUGGCUAGGACACGUCUUGCCGGCGUAUCUGCAAUGAUACUACUGUAAUGCGGCCGCGCUGGUGAGCAGGUGCAACUAUAAGCGUGGGUGUGUAUCGCAUACCUGCUAUUCUGGUAGCUCAUAUCUCCGUAGACUCCGUGGAGAUGGGAUGACGAGAGCGUCGGAGUUACAGGAGCGACGAGGAAGAGUAGACGGUGGAGACCUGGGUGGAGACUGGAGGAUGGCGGACCUGGGAUGGAGUCAGAAGUGGGAUGUAUGUAUGUACUGUAUUCCGACUAAUACAGAACUGGGAGAAUAUGGCGAAACGGUUUUUUUGGGGCAUUGGCCGGUUUCAUCGGUCUACACAGGCUGGUUCUGACCACAGUGCACUUUUCCUUUCCUUUUCUGCUUUGUCCCUCGAGCUUCCCCUCUCGCUCGUACUGACCAUACCAAUCUCGAACGCACGUUCCUCAUUGCCCCUUCCACUGGUAAGUAUUAGCCUUUCCAUUUCUCAAACCCGUUUCUGCGCAGGUCAAAAACGGCAAGGUCGAUCUCCGCGUCGAAGGCAAGUUAGUCUGCUGGGACACUCGGUGAGGUCCCUGGGACGACUUCGCGGCUUGCACAGGUGCAACUGGUGCGCGACCUCCGUCGAGAUGCGCGUAGGAAACGGGUUAAAAUCCAUUCAUUCAUGCACCGUUAUUAUCUUCGAGUUGCGCCGGAGCUGGUUCUGGCCAUUUAGUUUUCUGUCUUUUCCAGCUUCACGUAGCUUCUCACUUUCGAUUCGGGCCCUUCCAUUUGUCGGCGAUACGGAGAGACAGGCGAAAAUGAAACGACCACUUCCCCCGUGUGACUUUCCGAAGAGAGUCCCAUUCCUGAACUUCCCGCCUCCUCGGAUGAACUUCAGAUUUUCCAGUCUCAAGAGUCCAAACGCCGAGGAGCCACUGUUAGACCGGCUACAAUCGACCUUUUUUUUGGAGUUCGCUGAGUGCUCGUUUGUUCCUCGACCUCUGUGGCCGCGAGCGAAGCGUUGGGUCCCGCUAUGCGUGAGGCGUGCAGAACGGUCAGCUAUUCCCUGGCCAGCGGGCAUUCGGCAACGAAUUUGGGUUCCCAACCCAUAUCCGCGAGUGCCUCGCACUGGCUCCCAGUGAUCUAUUGGUAGUGGCGGAGCUCCAACUUCGCGCAAAGAUGCGGCUUUGCGAUGCCACCUGCGUGCGCCAAGCAAUUGAAAGUCGAAAAGCGCUGUCUGUCCGU